UGGUUUCGAAGGUUCGGCGGAAAUUUUAUUAAAUUCAGCAGUGCGGACAUUAGAUUUGGAGUUAAACAGUUUUGAAGGACCACUUCCGAAUCCACCACUCUCUAUCAAUAUCUUGUCUGUGGCUCACAAUAACUUUACAGGGAAGGUACCUCUUUCAAUAUGCAACCGAAGCUCUCUCGAUGUUCUUUUCUUAUCCUACAACAACUUCAGUGGCCCAAUUCCACAAUGUCUGAGUAAUUUGACAAUUGCGUGUCUCCGGAAGAAUAGCUUGGAAGGAAGUAUUCCUGACGCAUUCUAUGUCGGUACCUCUCUAUUGACGCUCGACGUUGGCUUCAAUCGAAUAACCGGGAAGCUUCCAAGAUCUCUUCACAAUUGUUCAUCUCUAAGGUUUCUAAGCGUUGACAACAAUGGAAUCAAAACACGUUUCCUUUUUGGCUCAAGGGUUUACCAAAUUUGCGUGUCCUUACCCUUCGUUCAAACAAAUUCUACGGUCCUAUAUCUCCUCCUCAUCAAGGUCCACUCGGAUUUCCUGAGCUGCGGAUAUUUGAGAUAACUAAUAACAAGUUUACUGGAAGCUUGCCACCAAAUUACUUUGUGAACUGGAAAGCAUCAUCACUCACGUUGAAUCAAGGUGGGGGUUUAUAUAUGAUACACGAGACCGAUCCUUACGGGUCAAUCGGAUCUUCUGGCAUUAUAGAUCAUAUAGAUUUGCAAUACAAAGGUCUACACAUGGAGCAAGCAAAUGUCCUCACUUCCUACACCACCAUUGAUCUUUCUGGAAACCUACUUGAAGGACAUAUUCCUGAAUAUAUUGGUCUCUUGAAGGCACUGAUUGCACUCAACUUAUCAAACAACGCUUUCACAGGCCAUAUUCCUCUGUCUGUGGCCAAUCUUAAGGAGAUCGAGUCACUAGAUUUGUCAAGAAACCAACUCUCAGGGACUAUUCCUAAUGGACUCGCGAGCCUCUCGUUUUUGGCCUACAUAAAUGUGUCUCAUAACCAACUCAAGGGUGAAAUACCACAAGGAACACAAAUCACUGGGCAACCUAAAUCUUCCUUUGAAGGGAAUGCUGGUCUUUGUGGUAUUCCUUUGGAGGAGACUUGCUUUGGGAGUAAUACGCCACCAACACAGCAGCCCAAAGAAGAAAACGAGGAAGAGGAACACGUGUUGAGCUGGAAAGCAGUGGCCAUAGGAUAUGGACCUGGAUUGUUGGUUGGAUUAGCAAUAGCACAACUAAUUGCCUCAUACAAGCCAGAGUGGCUCGCAAAAAUAAUUGGUCCAAAGAAGCGCAUAAACCGUUAGGACUGUUUCAGUUUGACUUUGAUCCCUCAAUGUAUGUCAAGUGGUUGUUGGUUUUGUAUUGAACUAUUUCCUUGUG